AUGGUCAAGAUCUAUCAGCAGCACAACCCGAGCAAGCUGAAUGAGAUCGACACCCUCAUGGCCAAGUAUGCGGGCAACGAGCACGUGAUGUACUUGAAGAUCUGUAACAAGUACCAAGUGCAGCCUGAGCCGGAGAUUAAGGCGCCAGCAGGCCCAAGCUCCUCCUUUGGCGCGCCCGGCGCCACGGGCGGCGGGCUCUUCGGGGGUGGGGCCAGCAGUGGCGGCGGCCUGUUCGGUCAAGCUGCCCCGGGAGGUGCGGCCAGCAGCGGUGGCGGCCUCUUCGGCCAAGCUUCUCCCAGUGGCGGCGGCCUGUUUGGCCAAGCUUCUCCAGGAGGUGGGGCCAGCAGCGGCGGCGGCCUCUUCGGCCAAGCUUCUCCCAGUGGCGGCGGCCUGUUUGGCCAAGCUUCUCCUGGAGGUGGUGCCAGUAGCGGCGGCGGCAUGUUUGGCCAGGCUUCUCCUGGAGGCCUCUCGGGGGCCUUUGGAGCCUCGCCGUCCGCGCUGGGGGCCGGUGGAGUAGAUGUGAAGCAGGCGUACCGAGAGCGGAUGAUCAAGAUCUACCAGCAGCACAACCCCAGCAAAGUGAAUGAGAUCGACGCCCUCAUGGGCAAGUAUGUCGGCCAGGAGCACACGAUGUACCUCAAGAUCUGCAAGAAGUACAACGUGCAGCCUGAGCCCGAGAUUCGAGGGGCGGCCUCCCCUGGCCUGGGAAACACCGGAGGCGGCCUCUUCGGCGGUGCCGCUGCGGGCUCGCCCUUCGGAGGGGGCGCAAGCUCAGGAGGGGGCCUCUUCGGCGGUGGCGCUGCCGCCUUCGGGUCCGGCGCGAGCUCAGGAGGAGGGCUCUUCGGCGGGGGCGCUGCAGCGUCGCCCUUCGGCGGAGCCGCUGCGAGCUCUGGAGGAGGCCUGUUCGGUGGCGGCGGCGCCGCCGCAUCACCCUUCGGGGUGGCGCAGGUGUCUUCGGUGGUGGAGGGUCGCCGUCACCCUUCGGCGCCGGGGCAAGCACAGGAGGAGGGCUCUUCGGGGGUGGCGGUGCUGCCGCCUCGCCCUUCGGGGGUGCUGCCGCAGGUGGCCUCUUCUCACAAGCUGCAGCUGGCGGGGCCAUGGACGUCAAGCAGGCCUACCGGGAGCGCAUGA